AUGAGCGACGACCACGAAUUGCGAAACUACCUGGCUGUUGCGGAGAGCGCUGCACGCUCUGCUGGGCAGGUCAUUGCGACGGCAUUCAGUGAGCCCAAAAACGUCUUGAACAAGAAGAAUGAUGCCGACCUCGUCACUCAGACUGAUCAGCAAUGCGAGAAACUGGCUGUGGACCAGAUUCGACUAAAGUUCCCACAGCAUAGCUUCAUCGGCGAGGAAGAGGCUGCGGCCCUGGGGCGGACUCCCCCGCUCACAGACGCACCGACCUGGAUCAUCGAUCCACUCGACGGGACCACGAACUUCGUGCACGGCUUUCCUUUCGUGUGCACAUGCAUCGGUCUUGCCAUCAACAAGGUGGUCGUUUUGGGCGUCGUGUACAACCCGAUCCUGGACGAGAUGUUCACGGCGGUUCGUGGCGCAGGCGCGUUCUUGAACGGCAAGCCAAUCAAAGUUUCGAGCCAAGCGAACCUCGGCCGUGCGCUGGUGGCGACCGAGAUAGGGGUGUCGCAGGACGAGGAGACGCAGACAGCGGUGUUUGAUCGGCUUGCCAACUUGGGCCGUGCCACUCGCUCCAUGCGCUGCUCGGGCUCGUGCGCAAUGAACCUGUGUGGCGUCGCAAUGGGCCGCCUGGACGCGUUCUACGAGAUCGGAUUUGGAGGGCCGUGGGACGUGGCAGCUGCAAGCGUCAUCCUGGAAGAAGCGGGCGGACAUGUGCUCGACCCGUUCGGUGGGCCGUUCGACGUGAUGUCCUGCCGAGUGCUGGGCACAAACGGGGUAAUCUCGCAAGCUGUGGCGGAGAUCUUGGCGGCGAGCAAGCGGUCUCUUCGUGAGCCACAGCCAUGA